GAGUAUGUUUGGAGUAUUUUGAUCAGAAGGGACUACUGCCCUCCAUUCCAUGAUCCAGAAGGGGACUGGUUAGGAAGUAAACCUAAAAUGUGCUAUGCUUACAAAUAUAUAAAACCCAAACCAUACUCCGUCUUUCCACUGCUUUUCUUUCAAACAGGAGCUUUGAAUCCCCAUUGUGUUGCUUGCUUUUAUAAUGAAAACAGUCAGAUUUGUUCAUCCCUGCUUUUGUAAUAAAUCAUAACUCUGAAAGAAAACAGUAGCCGAAUACAGAGGCAUAGACCAUUCCUAAAUAAUCACUGUAGCACUGUGGAAGUUCAAUUGAAACUUUUUUAGAAAAGGAAAUUAACCUCCUCAAGCUUGCAACAUGAGACUUGUUUUAUAUCCUUGAUUUUUUUUUUGUUACGCUCUCAAAACCAUCACAUGCUCGGUUACACUUAAAAUUACUGAAACAAUGGCAGCUGGUUUGCUUCAUCCAUAGGAAGCUUUUCCAGCUUUUCGUUGUUAAGAGAGAGGUUUUGGGAUGGGAAAACAAGUUUCUCACCUUCAUGGCUACACAGGAGUGCUUGUGAAGACAACUGUAAACCAGGGAGCAGAUAUAUUUUUAUGGAGUGGAUCCACACAGCACGCACCUAUACCUAUUUAAGUACCCAGAUUUCCUGAAGAGGCAGUGGUUUUGCAUGCUGGAGUGAGUGAUCUCAGCUCUAGCAGCAGGAUUGCCAAACCCGGCCGAAUUCUAGCUAGGCGGAAGGCAGCACACGGGGUAGGUGCAUGCCCCACCUCCUUGUUUCGCAAUCUGGCCUCUUAUGUAUAUAAACCUAUGUAUAAUUUAUAUGCACACCCUUAUUUUUAAAACACCGCAUCUCUGAGCAUUUUCCUGCCUCGGAAGCCUCCAAUUCCGUGCUUAAAAUAACCCAAAAUACUCAAACUGUGUCGGGGGAGGGCGCUGAGCGGCAGCAGGAAGCGGCAGGCCCAGCUCCCGGGCACCGUCGGCAGACGCGGGAAUCGAGUCGGUUCUGGAUGCAGGAAAUAUGAAUGAGUGGCAGAAGAAAAGCCCUCUAGAGUGGGAAACAUAUUUGAACAAACUGGUGAAAGUUGCUGUAGUUGAGAAACAUGAAUAUGAAGGAUGGGUCUUAACAGUUGAUCCAGUUUCUGCUAGUAUUGUCCUUGCAACAUUCCCGGAGAAUGAAAGUGUGUCCAUAUCAGUUGUCUUGGGCCAUGCUGUCGAGGAGGUAGAAAUACUGAAAGAAGGGGACGAUGAAAUGAAGCAACGGCUUUCUUGCAUAUUUGAACCUGAGGAAAGCAAAGCCUACAGCCCAGAGGAACUUGAAAAGAGGAAGAACAAUUUGAAGACUUGGCUAGAAACAAACCACAUCCCCAUAACAGAGCAAGGCGAAUCGGGAAAGACGCUAUGUGUGGCAGGGGUAUUGACUAUUGACCCACCAUAUGGCCCAGAAGAGUGCAGCAGCUCCAAUGAGAUUAUUCUGUCUCGAGUUCAAGGCUUAAUACAGGGCUAUCUUGAGAAAAACCAAUGAUAUCUGCUGUUUAAAGCAGUUGCCUUUAGGAAUGAGUGUACCUGGCCUAUUUUAGGAACUGUCUGGGGUAUAAAUAUUUGCAAAAAUGCUGGGUUUAGAUACUUUUGUCUGAUUUUUGUAUGUUAAGAAAGGGUUAAAACAAGCAGUAUAAACUAAAACCAUGAAACAUUUUUUCCCUGAACUGUUUUUUACUAAAAGCAAGCUGUUGGGUAAUGAUAAUGUAUUAAACUGAUGAUGUAAGCUUACUGUAUCAGGAAUAAGAUAAUGUAUCAGUUGAAUAGCUAUUUUUGUAACAGCACUGUGAAAGAUGAUAUAUGAUAAAUUUAAA